UCAAUCAUUAAUCGGAAAUAAGUAAAGGUUUAUAUACCGAAGGUGUUGUGUAUAAAAUGUGUCGUGAUAUUGUUAUAAUGCUUAUUAACUUUUGCCUGUGUAUUUAUAACAAAUAUGUUCACCGAUUUCUCGUAGGUAAGCGGAAUGACCGAUUCGGAUGAUUAUGGCUUUAUUCAAAAAGUUGGGAACAUGCCUAGCUGCGAUCAGAGAUGAUGUCAGUCUGAGGCAACCUUUACUGAUGUAAUGCGAAUUUCAAGUUGGCAGCGACCCAUGGCGAAGAUACGAAGAGACAAGAUUUGGCGCUGGCGUUGUCAAUGGAGUGUGGUGACACUUGCAGCAAUCGCACUUGUCGUGUACAAUGCAGUUGCCAACAUGUGGUUACUGAGCCCACAACCAUGCAGCGUACGGACCACGCCGCCUCCCAGCGAGCUGCCAACCUGCGAGCCGUGCGUCGAUACGGCUGCGGUUAUGGCCGUCGACGACGAUCCUAUAGCUAAGCUCGACUUGCGACUUGGCCGAUGGGACAGCUCUAGAUCGUACAGGAUGUUUGAUUACGCCACAGUCGGGGACAUGUAUGCUGAAGCAUCAGCAAAUCACCGCGUGUGCUUAGCAACUCAGAGCUCCAUAGAAAGAUUACACGAAUUACUAAGAGUUGCUGCUCACUGGUCAGGACCUAUAUCGGUAGCAGUAUUCGUAGCUGGAGACGAGUUGAGACUUCUGAGGGCAUUCGCCACGUGGUUGUUUCGUUGUCAACCCGAAGUUUAUGCUCGAUUAGCUCUGCACGCCGCUACCCCUAUCGAUAGACCAGGAAUUCAGGGUAAUAUGCCUAAAUGGGCGAAAAACUGCGAAGUAGCACCAUUGCCUCCGGGAGAGAGAAGAGCGGAUACGGUUGCAUGGAGAGCUCGGCAUCCUUACCCACAGAAUCAUCUCAGAAACUUGGCCAGAAGAAACUGCCAUACACCUUAUGUAUUCUUAGUUGAUGUGGAUAUUGUACCGUCUCGAGGAAUGGGAGAGGCACUAGACAACUUCCUAGCGAACGCACCAAAGUGCCCUCUGUGCGCAUAUGUCGUACCGACGUAUGAAUUAGACAAACGUGUAGCGAAUUUUCCCGCUAAUAAAUCGGAGUUACUUAGAUUAUCGAGGAACAAAUUGGCCAUACCUUUUCACAGAAAGGUUUUUAUUUACAACCAAUACGCCUCAAACUUUUCAAGAUGGGAGUCGUCUGGCGGGAACGAAACUGUCGACACCCACAUCAGCCACAACGUGACCAACUUUGAAUUGUUGUAUGAGCCCUUCUACGUGGCACCAGACACGGUGCCGGCCCACGAUGAGAGAUUUCUGGGCUACGGUUUCACCAGAAAUACUCAGGUGUAUGAGAUGUUCCUGAUCGGAUAUCAAUUCAAAGUACUCUCUCCGAUAUUUACGAUUCACUGGGGCCUACAAGCUCGGAGGACGCGCCCUCUCUGGAGGGAGAAACAGAAUGAGAAAAACCGUAAACACUUCGAGACCUUCAAAAGAGAAUUAUACGCAAGAUACAGGAGGGACCCUCUUCAUUUACUGCGAAGACCUCAGCAGGCGAAAAAAACAUAGGCUUCGCAAGGCCGUGCAACUACUGCCGGCCUUGUCUUCUUAUUCGCCAUUUUACUGAGACUUUUCUGACAUUACAAUCUGAUGUCUUGAAUUUGCAGUGUUUUUGGUUGUGCCCAAGAAUGGAUAAUGAACUUAAUGAAUACAGUGCAGUGACUCAAGGUGACUUUAGUCUGUAAGAAAUUGUAUUUUAAUUUAAAAAUAACGUCAAAGUUAUAUUAUAAGUUAUUUAGGUUUAAUUAAUGUACAUAUUUUAUAAUAAAUUUUCACAGGUGGAAAAACUUUCUAGAACGUAAUAAUAAAGUCCAUUCCAAUAGAAUUUGUAAAAUGAGAAAACCGAUUGAAAUAUCAGUCGAAAUAUUGCGAAAUAUUAUUUAUGAACAAAAAAAUACUAGAUACGAUUUUUAGUUAAUGAUAUAAAUAUAUAACGACGAUGACGUUUCUUAGAUUGUUAUACAAAUUCUAAUGAAACGGACCAAAUAUAAUAGUAACAUAGAGUUAAAAUACCUAUAUAGUGCUUUUUUAGAUUUCGUCGUUCGAUAUUACUUUAAAAAGGCCUAAAUUUACGCACUAGAAAGUUAUAAGUAUAUAGUUGUAAAUAUACAUUCAAUAAAUAAAGUCAUUUAAAGAACGGUCUAAAUGUACAACCUUGACAUUUUUACGUUUUAGACGUAAACAAAAAAAAAAAAUCGGUGUGAGUCGCUGUUUAUUUUUACUUCUUCAAAAUAGUUACACGUUCAGUUAAAAUUAUAUGCAAGAGAAAUUUUAUCUUUGUCAUUGUUUGCUUGUUAUUAUUUUGUUAAGGUAUGAUACGAAAAUAUUUUAAAAAUAGAACACCAAAGUUGAAGCGUUUUAUCGUUGUGGUCGUACGUUUUGUUUCGUGAUGUUAUCGCAUUUUCAAGUGAAGUAACGUGGGGGUUACUCUAGCCUAUCAACUGUACUUACCGUCUGCGAUAUGUUAUACUAAUAAUUAAACCCUAAAUUUCAAUAGAAAGUUUAAUUAAAAAUAAUGAAUAGCCAACUUUAAUACUAUUCUGGAAGAACGAAUUUAAAACUUGUCGGUACAUUUAAAAUUAAAAUUUCAUAAUCUAAUCGAUUAUGAAAUUUGAACCUUGAAAAUAUCAACGCUUACGCUAAUCAGCGAGGUUGAAACUUUUCCAUUUUACAAUUGAAUUCAUAUUAAAUCAUGAGAGUCGAAUUUAUUACAGAAUGGUCUUAUUAUAGAAAGUAUAAGGGUAACUUUAAAUAUAUUUAAAUUUUAAAUUGGUUGAUUUGAUGACGGGCGAAUGCAAGUAAAUGUAUUCGAAUAAUUUCAUUUUGUAAGUUAAAUUCGAAAAACGAUUGCCGUUAGCAUCAAUUCUAUUGCUGCGUUAGAUAAGCUUAACGAUCAACUAUGGAAACGAUAUGACCGAAUGAGCAGCAAAAAUUUUUAAAUUUGCUGUAAAUGUUUGUUUCAUUUACAAUAAAUGUUAGAAUUGGUUUUGGAAAAUGAAUAAAUUGAUAAGUAUUUGUUUUUUAAAUAUGUUGUUGAUUUAUCCGAUUGUGUUUGUCCAAAGUGUGUUUGUAACGGUUUCUCUUGGGUUUUUAAGUGCUACGGUGACACAAUUAUUGAUAUAUUCCGACCCCCGCCGCGGCUGUCUGUCUGAACGCUAUAAACUCAAAAACUACCAACGGACGGAUUGAGUCACAACAAGUUUAGGUGUAUAAUUCAUUAUAGUUUUAUGUUGAUAGUUAUGUGAAUGAAGAAUAUGCAGCCUCAGAUUUAUGCUUGGGCCUCCAAAACAACGGCCCACGACUGCCGGGUAGCCGAGGGGGUAACCCAGUCAAAAAUAAUAUAAUUUUACUGUAACCGCUUCCGAAUGUGUACUUCAAAUGUAAAAGUACCUAGGGGCCUUGAAUCUUUAUGUCCCCGCUGAUUUUUAGUUGAGUGACCACACUUUUUGUGGCAUCUUCUUGGAUUUAUUAUUAGUAAGCUUAAUAGUGUUUGG